CGAAUAAAGUUGAAAUCAGAUUUUGGAUAAAAGUGGAAGAGUCUCCAUCUUCUUUACUCUCAUCACCCUCUGCCUCGUUGACAUUCCAAUUCGGACCCCAAAAAAAUGUCAGCAAGGCAAAAUAAAAAGCGCAAGGGCCGAAACAACGUCAAUAACCGCGAACGAACAGUCACAACUUUCACAGAGGACCCAAACACUUCCUUCCUUGUCCCUCUACCAAGUGAAGAACCUGCUCUCAUGUCUUCUCCUUUCUCUGGAGCUUCAACUUCGGCUACCAACACCAACAACAACUUCCAAUCUUUCGGCUACAAUUUUCAUGCGCACGGACCACAUCCGCAGCAACAGGCACAGCAACAACAACAACAACAACAACAACCACCUUUCUUUUCUACUCAAGUCAUGCUACCCCCAGGCAAAAACGAUCUUGAAGUACUUGAAAAUUUAAAAUCUGUCAUCAAAGAAGGUCAGCACGAGUUCUAUCGUGCAAUCCCUCAGCCAGCUGCUCUCGCUAGCCUCUAUUUGGGCCCAACUUCAUCUCAGGUCCCGCCACAUCCAGAACAGCUUCCUCAAGAUUAUUAUAAUCACUCUGCUUACGAUAACUCUUCUGACGACCCAAUCCCUCCUUCAGAUUCAACAAGGAGGCCUACGGAUACACCCGUAGUCAGGAAUUCUUCUUUGACCGCUAAUACAACUCCCCCACCUGGAGGUCAAAAACCUGCAAAAAAGGUUGAAGUUCCACUCGAAAGAAAGAUGUCAACAGGUCCAGAUAACAUCGAUCCUCCAGGCGACCAUCGCGACAAGAUUGACACUCCUCGUACUCUUGGUGACCGUUCUGGUGAGUAUACCACUCGCCCUCCAGUCGACUCUUCAGCACCAAAGUCCACCUACGAUGGCAAAGACGGACUCUCUCGUGAUCUCCCCUUGGACGACAGAAGGGUCCGAUUUGAUGCAGAACGCCGUCCUCUCGAUACACGCCCAAACGGUAAUGACCCUCGACUCCCUCCAAGGGAUCAAGCUUUCCUUGAUAAAGACAGAGACAGAGACAGGGAAAGAGAACGUGAAAGAGAACGUGAAUGGGGUCGUGAUCGUGACAGAGACCGUCCUCAAUACGGUGGUCGUUCCUAUGGACGGAGCCAUGCUCCCAGACCUCCCCCAGAACAACGCCACUAUGAGCCACGAUAUCCAUUUGACAGCGCCCCUCCUCGCCGCUUUGAUUCAAAAGACGACUUGGAUGACAGGCGCCCACCUCAGACGCGCCCUGACGAUCGCGGUCCACGCCCAUCAAUCGAUGAUAGGCGACCGCCUGUUGAUGACCGUGAAUCUCGCAGUAUGAUGGUUGAUGACCGCGAUCGUCCUAGUCGAGUCACCCUUGACGAUCGUCAAACGAGAGUCGCUGGCUCAGUUCAUAGUUCUGAAGAUCGCACUACAAGACCUCCGCUUUCACCCGAUGACAGACCUGCUCGCCUUCCUCCCACCGAUGUGGCACGUCCACCACUUCCUGUGGAUGUUGAUCGUUCUCGACCUCUUGAAGAGAGAAUUUCUCAACAACCAGUCCCUUCUCUCCAAGAUCGUAUCAGCCAGCCUGGCGCUCCAAGAGUGGAAAACCGUGUCACCCACCAACCGAGCUUGGAGGAGCGCUUAUCAAAUGCACCUAUUGCCGCUUCUGAUGCCCGUACUAGCCCUGUAGAACCAUCACGUGUACUGCCUUUGAGUGAUCGUCCUGCUGCUCCUGCUGACCUCCGUCCUCGUCCACCUGUCAACGAUAACUUUGCACGCCCAGCAACUCCUCCCCCUCGCACAAGUGGUUAUGUGGCACCACCUCGGGCGGCAUCUGUCGCUCGGGAUGACCUCCGUGGACCCAAAGAUUCACCACCAGUUGCUCGUGACACGCGCGAUCUCCGUGCAAGGGAUCUCUCACGGGAGAGAUCAGACGUAAGACCACCUUUCCGCUCGGACCUUGACAGAGGGUUCGGUGAUGAUAGGCGCUCUGAUGCCAUGGAUACUCGUCGCUACAGCCCACCUCCUUCGGACGUUCGAGGCAGGAGUUACUAUCCUCCGCGGUCACCACCUCGGGCGGACGUACCAUUCGAAGCUGAUUCGGACCGAAGGUUUGCGACUGCUGAUCAGCGAGACUCGUUCGAUAGGCGGCGUGACUGGUAUGGAGCUGCCGAUGAUGACAAGUCUCGUCAGCCUGCGUGGAGACCCUAUGAUAGAGAGCCCCAGAGAGAACGGUAUGACCGCGACGCACCACCACCUCCCAGGUGGGAAGCACGUGAACCGGAACGGAGAGCACCGUUCCCCAGUUCCCCAGUCCGUCCUAUUGAUUCUUCCCGUCCACUGAGCUCGCGCCUUGGAGAUGGGUACCCGCCCCCCGUAGACGACCGUUCGUAUCCACCCCGAGACUUCGAGCGUCCCCGCUACACAGGUCCAGAUAAUGAUCCCCCCUUUGUCCGUGGCGUCCGUCCGCGCAGCCCGAGUCCGCCAAGAAGAGGCGGAGCGAACAGUUCUCUAGACGAUAUCCGACCACCUCUCAAGCGUGCACGCGAGGACCCACCGUACAGCGGUGGUGGGUACUACUCGCCUCGCAGACCGUCGAUGUCGAUGGGUGAUUACCCACCUCCUCGUUCUGCUGCGACGCCGCCACCAGGGAGCGGGACGAGCGGUGGAUUCUAUGAGUCGCGCGGUGGGCCUCCGCCGCCGUUUAGUAGUGCUUCUGCUGGGGUUGAGAGGGAGUAUCCGCCGAGAGAGAGGCCUGGUGACGGUGGUCCGCCGUAUGGGGCUGCGUACGAUAGGGAUACGAGGCCGCCGCGGUCGCCCCCUCCGAGAAUGUAUGGACGGCCUUCGUAUAGACCGGAUCCUAGGGAUGAUCGGAGGUAUCUGCCGCCCCCUCCACGAUCUGGUUGAGGGGGUAGGAAUAUGUGUGUGAUGUACGAAGGAUUUAUGUUGUGAAUUGAGUUCCGUUGUUUCUUGAAUUCUUUUUUUUUUCUGUCUAUGCUUUUUCUGUUUCUUUUUUUGUGGGAUAUCAUCGCUCAUGGCCUUGGUAUCGUACAUCUACCUGUCAUAUAGUCUAGAUGAUCCAGAGUUCUCUUUCAUGCAGAGUUGUAUAAGUUUUCUGCUUCAUUUGUGCUCCAUAUAUAUGUUUGAGAUGUAAAAUGCAUAUUCGAUGUUGAUGUACGCGUUAUCCCAAUCCCGAUACGUCCC